AUGAAGAAAUCGGAGAAGCACGGCUUCUCUCUGGAGGCCGACGACAGGACAGAGGCAGAGAAAUGUCGCCGUAAAUCACCAAAACAAGAUGUUUUAGGGUCUGUUUUAAGGGUGGGCCAGCAAGCACCCAAAGCCCCUAUGGACACGGACUACCAGGAGGAAAUGGAGGAGAGCAAACCUCAAAUACGAUUUAACCUCAAUUUUGACAAGGGGAUUCGAGGUGUGGAUCAGGACAACACCAAACGGGACGGCCAGACAUUUGACAUCAACAGGCUGUUUGAAGCGGCGGCCAGAGGGGACGUCUCAAGCUUGGAAGGCCUUUCCCACUACCUGCACCAAAAUAUGAAGAAACUCACAGACUCUCUGUAUCAGUCAUACGGUAAAACUGCCCUGAUGAAGGCACUGCUACACCUCAGAGACGGCAAGAAUCCCACUGUUGAAUUCUUAUUAGAAGUCUCAGAGAGAACGGGUGACAUUAAAGAGUUUGUCAACGCAGCUUACACUGACUAUGACUACAAAGGCCAGACGGCACUGCACAUAGCCAUAGAGCGAAGGAGUCUGAGCUACGUGAAGCUUCUUCUCAGUAAAGGAGCAGAUGUCCACGCUAAAGCUUUGGGCAAAUUCUUCCAGCCACACGACGGGCCAAACUUCUACUUUGGCGAGCUUCCGCUCUCUUUGGCAGCGUGUACGAACCAACCAGACAUGGUGGAGUUCCUCCUGGACAACCAGCACCAUCAAGCCUCGCCCAACGCGGCCGACUCUCAGGGCAACACGGUGCUGCACGCCCUAGUGGUGGUGGCUGACAACACCAAGGAGAACACAGACUUAUUUAUCACCAGCAUGUACGACCUCAUCCUGACCAUAUCGGCGCGGCUGAGACCCAAACUCAACUUGGAGGAGAUUGAAAACAACAAUGGUCUGACACCUCUCAAACUGGCUGCUAAGACUGGGAAAAGCGGGCUUUUCGCACACAUCCUGAAGCGAGAGUUCCAAGAGAGCCACACCAAACAUUUGUCUCGAAAAUUCACCGAGUGGGUUUACGGGCCGGUCCAGAGCUCCUUGUACGACCUGGCCUCAGUGGACUCGGUGGAAAACAACUCGGUUCUAGAGAUACUGGUCUACGGCAGUGAUAUCCCCAACCGCCACGUGAUGCUCCAGACCGAACCUCUGCGGCAAUUGCUUGAGGACAAAUGGAAGAGGUUUGCAGGCCGAAUGUUUGGUAUUAACUUCUUGGUCUACUUGGGGUACCUGAUCAUCUUCACUGUGGUAGCCUACAACAAAAAAGAGGGAAAGACACCAUUCCCUCUGGAGCACAGCGUGACAGGUUACCUGUAUAUUUCAGGGCAGCUACUAAUAACAGUGGCAAACUGCUAUUUCUUCUUCAUCGGGUUAUUAGACAUGAAGAGGAAACGGCCAAAGCUGCAGACCUUGCUGAUUGACGGAUAUUAUGAUAUUCUUUUCUUUGUGCAGGCAGUGCUUUUCCUGGCCGCGGCCAGCCUCUAUAUAACUGGGAGACAAGAGUACCUAGGCUUUCUGGUGUUGUGCCUGGCCCUCAGUUGGGUCAACCUGCUCUACUUCGCUCGAGGCAGCAAACAAAUGGGCAUCUACAGCGUCAUGAUACAGAAGAUGAUUCUCAGCGACAUCCUGCGCUUCCUGUUUGUAUACUUCGUCUUCCUCUUUGGAUUUUCAGCAGCGGUGGUCACGCUGCUCAUCGAGCCCCCUGCCAGGAACAUCACUAACAAGAAGGGCCGCCUCUUCGGACCGCUUGAACCCGAAUCUGAAUGCAUCAAGCCAACCUUCCGAAACAUCUCCUACACGACGUUGCAACUCUUCAAGUUUACCAUCGGCAUGGGAGACAUGGAGUUCACCGAGCACUACCAGUACAAGGAAGUCUUCUACGUGCUGCUCAUCUUCUACAUCAUCCUCACCUACAUCCUGCUUCUGAACAUGCUCAUCGCCCUCAUGAACCGCACUGUGGAGAAGAUCACCAUGGAGAGCACGAGCAUCUGGAAGCUGCAGAGGGGGAUCACCAUCCUGGACAUGGAGAAAAGAUUGCCAUUUUGUGCGAGAAAGAGGCUUCGGUCCGGGGUGGACAAAAACCUGGGCACGUCCUCUGAACAAGAUCAACGCCGCUGUUUCAGAGUGGAGGAAGUCAACUGGAACAAAUGGAACAUCCACCUGGGGAAAAUCCAUGAGGAGCCCGGUUACUGGGAUCGAGCGCGGCGGCUGGAAGACAAAACGCCAAUUCGAACAAACAAAGGGAGGAGCUGGCGAGGCUUAUUUGCAGAGAGCAUAAAAGGACGCCAAUCCACCGAGAUGAGCAACCUUGCAGUAUGA